ACUGUCUGUGAUAAUAAGCAGAGAUCUGGUCCGUUGAUCUGUCAUGCGCGUGGGUGAUUUUUAUUUUACAAUUUAUUUUUUAACCCUUGACACUCGAUGGCGUGCCAUGUGGCCUUUUAGAAAAUCGAAGCGAUCUCAGUGCAGGCUAUUACGCCGGCGAACUGAGAGUUUCUUCUUAAACUCUGUGCGGUAUUUUGCCGGAGAACUUACAGUGGUUUCAUCUUACACACACACAGAAGGAUGGAUGGUGAAAGAUCUGUCAAAGAGAAUCAGAUGAACUCCUAUAGGGAUAGGCUAAGCGAUCUAGAUGAUUUAUUGUUAUGCAAGAUUCUCUCAGGCUUUCCCACAAAGGAAUCGGUCCGCACCAGCGUCUUAUCAAAACGUUGGAGAAACCUCUGGUUAAGUGUUCCAGCUUUGGACUUAGAUUCCAGCGAUUUCUCAGAUGAUGACGUGGUUAUGGGUCUCGUGGAUAGGUUUCUGUGUUCGGAAAAUAAGCAACAACUUGAGAGGUUCAGGCUGGAAUAUUGGGCUCAUCACCAGUUUAGAUCUCGCUUCAAGUCUUGUAUCGAUGCUGUCACUGCGCGUAGUAUUCUUCAAUUCAAUGUUGAGAAUUCUGUGGACUAUCAUGAGUUAGUUGAGAUGCCUCCAUCUUUCUAUUCUUGUGAGAGAGUGGUGAACAUAAAGUUGAGCCGCGUGUUCUUGGAUCAUCCUGAAUCUGUAUCCUUGCCUUGUGUCAAGACUAUGCAUCUAGAGAGGGUCAAGUACGAUGGUGAUUCGACUCUGGAGACUUUAAUAUCAAGCUGUCCUGCUCUCGAGGCGUUAACCAUAUUCCGUGGUGCCAAUGAUAAUCUGAUAGAUGUGUCUGUGCGUUCCCAGUCACUAAAGACCUUCAAAUUAGAUUGUUUGCGUUGGACAAGUGAAGGUCAUGCUGUUCAAAUUGAUGCUCCAAGACUCGAGUCUAUGACUCUCAGUGAUCACCUAUCUCACAGCUUCAUACUACAUAGUAUUGGUCCCUUAGCAAAGGUAGCCAUUGAUGUUCGCUUUAAUGUGGAAGAAGGUGUCCCACUGGGACCAGAUAAUUCUUCCAAGAUAACUAUGCUCCGCGAAUUUCUCACCAAGUUAUCUACAGUGAAAGAAAUGAAAAUCUCUAGUGACACUCUAGAUGUUAUUCAUGAUUACUGUGAAAUGGAACAGCUACCUCAGUUAUCCAACUUGUCUUUCUUGCAUGCUUGCUUCCAAGAAACUACGUGGGAGAUGUUGCCAACCUUCCUUGAGAGUUGCCCAAAUCUACGCUCUUUCUUCCUGAGACUUAAUUGGGAUCCAAGGAGGUUGGUUGAUCUUUCAUCAGUGCCACGAUGUUUACAUUCAUCUCUCGAGGUUGUAGAGCUGGAGACACCUCAUUUUAUAUACAAGAAAAGGGAAGGAAGAUCAAUCCAGGGAACCUCAAGUAAGAUGAAAUUAGCAAAAUAUUUCCUAGAGAAUUGUGGAGCUCUCAAAGAACUGACUGUAAGUCGGAGUUUCUCUUACAUCAUCAACCAAAUCAUGUCGAUUCCAAGAAGAUCUACGGGGUGUGAAUUUUUCACUUUCGAGUGACACGUUUCCCUCGGAAGAAACAGUUGUAACAAACUUUGAAUAAAGGUGGCGGAAGCUUUAGUGGCUCAGCAAUUGUUGCUCAUUUGAGGUUCUUGCGUUUAAAAUACAGAGUUGAGAGAUACUGUAUUAGAUUCAUUCAGAAUCUUGUUGUGAUUUCUUCGAUAGGUUAAGUUAUCUACCCGAUUCCUUGUUAUGCAAGA